UGCUGCAGUUUGACUGCACCAACACCUUGAACGAUCAGCUGCUGGAGCGGGUGACGGUGCAGGUGGAACCAUCGGACUCCUACAACGUCCUGUGCUGCAUCCCUGCUCCCAUCCUGGCCUACAACCAGCCAGGAAUGUGCUACACCCUGCUCAGCAUCCCCCAGCACGACCCCACUGCAGUGGCCUGCACCUUCAGCUGCACCAUGCGGUUCACGGUGCGCGACUGCGACCCCGGCACAGGGCUGCCCGAGGAGGAAGGCUACGAGGAUGAGUACGUGCUGGAAGAUUUGGAGGUGACAGUGUCUGAUCAUCUCCAGAAAGUUCUAAAACCCAACUUUGCAGCUGCCUGGGAGGAGGUGGGAGAUGAGUUUGAGAAGGAAGAAACCUUUGCACUCAGUUCCAUCAAAACCCUGGAUGAAGCUGUCAACAACAUCAUCAAAUUCCUGGGCAUGCAGCCCUGUGAGAGGUCAGACAAAGUGCCAGAAAACAAAAAUUCUCACACCCUCUGCUUGGCUGGUGUGUACAGAGGUGGCUGUGACGUGCUGGUCAGGUCCAGGCUGGCCCUUGGGGACGGUGUGACCAUGCAGGUGACGGUCAGGAGCAAGGACGAGACGUCCGUCGAUGUCAUCCUGGCUUCCGUGGGCUGAGAAAUUCCUGGAAUUCCUCCCUCCUUUUCUAUUAUUUCUUUUUGUUUUUUAUUUUUUUUUUUUUUUCCUGGCUGUCUCUUCUGCAUGUUUAGUUUUUAUUCCUGAAUUUGGGAAAUCUUUUGUAUGGCGUUAGUGCUGAGCCGUUCCCGUGUCCCCUCCCUCGUCGUCACCAACACAUUCCCACCUAACUUAUGGAAUCUCAACCAGGGAAGGGAAAAAUGGAAUCAGGUUUUUUUCUUUUUUGUCAAAAUUGCUUUUUAUUAACAGAAAAAUAAACACUGGUUCAAGUGGUGGAAUUCAUAUGAAUUGCUGUUAAUAAAAUAGAAAUUUUAAUUUU